AUGUCAAAGCCAGGAAAGGAGCAUUGGCAGGGAGCAAAAAGAGUGUUGAGAUACCUAAAAGGCACAAUCAAUUAUGGUCUUGUUUUUCAAAGCAAAGAUUCAACAUGCGAAGUGGUUGGAUACUCAGUUGCUGAUUGGGCAAGUGAUGUAAAUACAAGAAGAUCUACAUCAGGGUACGUGUUCCAGAUAAACGAAUCAACCGUCAGCUGGAGCAGCAAGCGACAAUCUUGUGUUGCAAGAUCUUCGACUGAAGCUGAGUAUGUUGCACUAAGUUAUGCAACAGAAGAAAUCAUAUGGUUACGACGUUUACUAGCGGAUAUUGGAAUAAAUCAAGAUCAACCAUCUAUACUGAACGAAGAUAACCAAGGGGCAAUUGAACUUUCGAGGAAUCCACGAUUUCACAAUCGCACUAAACAUGUUGACGUUGCGUAUCACUUUGUUAGAGAAAAGAUCAACGAUAAUUCCAUUAUUGUUCAAUACUGUUGUACAGAUCAGAUGUUAGCAGAUGUUAUGACAAAAAGUUUACCAAAGCAAACAUUCCAAAACUUUCGAGACAUAUUAGGUGUCAAAGAAAUUUUAGAUUAA